GUCUCUGAAUUCCAAAUAGGCUGCUUAGUGUUGACUUAAGGGAUGUUUGAAAAGUUUUAGACAUAAAAGGAAAGCAAUGCACAAAAUUUGUCAUGAAAAAAAAUACAUCUCAAUAAUGGGUUUCAGAAGGUGCCCAAACUCCUCUGUUUGCAUCAUACUAAGUUGUUGUUUAUUACAUGUUGUUGCCAUUUCUUCAUCUCAGUCCAUCAAGGACCCAGGAACUCUAAACUCAACUAAUGGAAACUUCACCUUGGGGUUCUUCAGCAUUGAAAAUACUACAAAUCGUUACCUGGGAAUUUGGUGCAAGACCAAAGACACUGUCAUAUGGGUGGCUAACAGAAACCAACCACUUAAGGAUUCUUCUGGGGUUCUUACAAUAUCUGAAGAUGGAAAUCUAGUGGUAAUGGAUGAACAGAAACAUGUCAUGUGGUCAUCAAAUGUGUCCAAUAUCACAUCAUCCAAUUCUAUUUUCCAACUUUCAGAUUAUGGGAGCCUUGUCUUGUUUGAAAAUACAACAGGAAAUACAAAAUGGGAGAGUUUCCAGCAUCCUACAAAUACAUGGUUGCCUCAUUUGGAACUUUCUAGCAACAAAAUAACAGGUGAAAAAGUAGGACUUACAUCAUGGAAAAGCCCUUCUGAUCCAUCCAUUGGGAGCUUCUCUUUAAGUAUUGAACGCUUUAAUAUUCCUGAAAUCUUCAUUUGGAAUGAUAAUCGAUCAUAUUGGCGCAGUGGUCCGUGGAAUGGACAAGUGUUUCUUGGGGUACCGGGAAUGGAAGCGACGUAUCUUAACGGUUUUCGGGUCGAAAAUAAUGGGGAUGGAACAGUUGCUGUAUAUUUUACCGUAGAUGAGUUAGGACUUGUAGUGCUAACCCUGAAUUCGCAAGGCCAAUUUCAGCAACAUACUUGGGAUGAUGAGAAGGAGGAAUGGCAGGUUACAUGGACAAGUCCAAGAUCGGAUUGUGAUGUUUAUGGUAUAUGUGGAGCAUUUGCAAGCUGUAAUUCACAAACCUCACCGAUAUGUACCUGUUUGAAGGGGUUUGAACCAAGGAACAUAGAGGAAUGGAAUAGACGGAACUGGACUAAUGGAUGUGUUAGCAGGACACCUUUGCAGUGUGAAAGGGCCAACAACCAAAGCAGAAGUGUGGAUAGUAAUAAACCAGAUGGGUUUUUGAGAUUAGAGAUGGUCAAAGUGCCUGAUUUUGCAGAAGGGUCAUCGGUUACACAAGACCAAUGCCAAAGCCAGUGCUUGGAGAACUGUACUUGCAUUGCAUAUUCAUAUGAUGCUGUUAUUGGCUGUAUGACUUGGAGUGGAAGUCUAAUUGACAUCCAACAGUUCACGCUUGGAGGAUCUGAUCUAUACAUUCGUGUAGCCUAUACAGAACUAGGUAAAGGGCGAAAUAUAAUUGUCAUCAUCACAAUUCCAGUGAUAAUCGGAGUUUUGCUAUUUCUCACAUGUGCAUAUGUCAUCUGGAGAAGGGCUUUGCACCAAGCAAUGAAAAAGAAGCUUGGAUUUUUUCGAUUCAACAAAGGUACAACAUCUGAAGAAAACAUAAGUGACAACAUAAUUGGAGAAUUUUCACAAGCUAAGCUACAGGAGCUGUUAUUGUUUAACUUUGAAAAGGUUGCAACUGCCACAAACAACUUUCAAUCCUCCAACAAACUUGGGCAGGGUGGUUUUGGUCCAGUAUACAAGGGAAAACUGCAAGAUGGCAAGAAAAUAGCAAUUAAAAGGCUUUCUAGAGCAUCUGGACAAGGUCUAGAAGAAUUCAUGAAUGAAGUAGUAGUAAUUUCUAAGCUUCAACACCGGAAUCUUGUAAGGCUUUUGGGCUGCUGUAUUGAAGGAGAUGAAAAGAUGUUGAUAUACGAAUACAUGCCAAAUAGAAGUUUGGAUGCAUAUCUGUUUGAUCCAUCAAACAAUAAACACCUAGAUUGGAGAAAACGCUUUAUCAUUAUAGAAGGAAUAGCUCGAGGAUUGCUUUAUCUUCAUAGAGAUUCUAGGCUAAAAAUCAUACAUAGAGAUUUGAAGGCAAGCAAUAUCUUGCUAGAUGAGGAGCUUAAUCCAAAAAUAUCAGACUUUGGUAUGGCUAGAAUUUUUGGAGGGAGUGAAGAUCAAGCCAAUACCCAAAAGAUUGUUGGAACAUAGUAAGUGAGCCUUCUUCUUUAUACUAGGAAUGAGUAACAUACUUGGAUAAUUGAUCAAUUGUUAAUAUUUCAAUGUAGUGGCUAUAUGUCGCCAGAAUAUGCAAUGCAUGGAGUGUUUUCAGAGAAAUCAGAUGUCUUUAGCUUUGGAGUUUUGCUACUAGAGAUUGUUAGUGGAAGACAAAACUCAAGCUUUUAUGACCCUGAAAAUUCUCAGACCAUCUUAGGAUUUGUAAGUCUAUAAUUCAUCUCUAGCUUAGUUGUGGAAGCUUUCUUGCUUUCUCUUAUAAAACAUUUUUUAUUUUUCAUUUUAGGCCUGGAUACAGUGGACGGAAGACAAUCUUGUAACUUUGAUAGAUUCAGGAAUAUAUGAUCCUAGCCUUCACAAGGAUAUUUUGAGGUGCAUACACAUAGGACUUCUUUGUGUACAAGAAUUUGCUGCAGACAGGCCAACUAUGGCUACAGUAAUUUCAAUGCUUAACAGUGAGAUUGUGAAUCUUCCUCCUCCAAGGGAACCUGCAUUUAUCCUGAGGCAGAAUAUGUUGAAUUCAGUCUCCUCUGAUGAAAGACUUGGAUUGUAUUCUAUCAACACUGCCAGUAUUACAGACAUCCAUGGCAGAUAGAAAACUAGUAGCUUUUUGAGUAAAAAUUUCAAGUCUAGCGGAAAUUAUUGUUAGAAUUUUGUAGGAUUGUUCUUUUCAUUGUUUAGGAACAUGGUUCAAAAUUGAGAACCAUGAUAAAUCAGUUUUAAAAUUUAUUAAAUAGUUGUUUGUG